ACAUCUUCAUACAUUCUACAGCUCUGUAACUCACCAUCUCUCCUAUCGAGGAAAAGGAAAAGCACAGAAUCUCUGCCUCAUUUACAAACUUGCGUUACAUUCUUUUGUACCCAGACAAACCUCUGUUCCACACAAUAAGCCCAAGCCUUUAUAAUAUCCAAUCCUAUUUAUCUAAGUGCCAGCUUCAAUACUUGGACUGCAAUGGGAAGCAUCGAUGACUUCAGCCGUUAUUCUUUCCCAGAUGAUUUUGUUUUCGGAACAUCCUCAUCAGCUUACCAGUAUGAAGGUGAAACAAACAAACAUGGUAGAGGACCAGCUAUAUGGGACACUUUCACUGAGGAACAUACAGAGAGAAUAAAUGAUCAUAGCAACGGAAAUGUAGCUGUUGAUUUCUACCAUCGCUACAAGGAAGAUGUGCAAAGAAUGAAAGAAAUGGGAAUGGAUGCUUUCAGAUUCUCCAUUUCUUGGUCUAGAGUAUUACCACAUGGCAGGUUAAGUGCUGGAGUCAACGAAGAAGGCAUCAAGUUUUACAACGAUCUCAUUGAUGACCUCCUUAAGAAUGGUUUGCAGCCUUACGUUACUCUCUUUCACUGGGAUACUCCACAAGCUUUAGAAGAUAAAUAUGGUGGUUUCUUAAGUCCUAACAUUGUAAAUGAUUUCCGAGACUUUGUCGACCUUUGUUUCCAAAAGUUUGGAGACCGAGUGAAGAAGUGGAUUACUUUGAACGAACCGUGGAUGUUCAGUGUUCAAGGUUAUGACAUGGGCACGAUGGCACCGGGUAGGAUUUCUGUCGUUGUAAAUGAUCCCCACCGAUCCUUAAACACUGGUGCCACUGAAGUGUAUACGGUUAGCCAUCAUUUGUUGCUUGCUCAUGCUGCGGCAGUGAAACUAUACAAGGAAAAGUAUCAGUCAUGUCAAGGUGGACAGAUUGGGAUAACACUUGUUUCUCAUUGGUUUGAACCUUACUCAAACAGUGAAGAUGAUCAAAAUGCAACCAAAAGAAGCCUCGACUUCAUGCUUGGUUGGUUCAUGGAUCCUUUAACUAAUGGUGACUAUCCACGUAACAUGCAUGAUUUUGUUGGUGGAAGAUUGCCCAAGUUCACUGCCGAGGAAUCUAAGAUGUUGAAGGGAUCGUAUGAUUUUAUUGGAAUUAAUUACUACACAACAUAUUAUGCCCAAAAUAUCGAUGCAAAUUAUCAGAGUGUUGGAUUCAUGUCAGAUGCUCGUGCUAAUUGGACAGGAGAGAGAAAUGGAAUCCCAAUAGGUCCACAGGCUGGUGUAAAAUGGCUUUAUAUUUACCCCGAAGGCAUCAGCAGGCUUUUGAAUUACACCAAAGAUCUAUACGGGAACCCAACAAUUUACAUUACUGAGAAUGGGGUUGAUGACGUAAAUAACAAUGCUUCAUCAUUAAAGGAAGCUCUUAAUGAUCCCAUAAGAGAAAAAUCUUACAAAGACCACCUUAAGAAUGUUUUGAGAUCCAUCAAUGAACAUGGUGUUGAUGUUAAGGGAUUUUUUGCUUGGUCUUUAAUGGACAAUUUCGAAUGGGGAAGUGGUUAUGCUGUGAGGUUCGGCCUUUACUAUGUUGAUUACAAAAAUGAUUUGAAACGAUAUCCUAAAAAAUCAGUCAAGUGGUUCAAGCAGUUUCUUAGAAGAGACUCUCACAGUCCUAUUCCACAUACGUAUCCUCUCAUUACUUUUAAUGAAAAGUCAAAAAUUGAAGAUAGUUUGGUUUGGGAUGCUAAAAGGCCAAGAAAUGCCUAAAUGCCUUCGACAGGAUUUGAAGUCCAAGUUGUUAACAUCUGCAAAUUGGGCUUUCACGGCUGAAAGAUAGAGCUCUCAACAUUAAUUCAAUAGAAUUUGGUCACCACUUCAUUCAUUCAAGGCUAUGGUUAAGAAUAAAAAUUCAUGAUUCUAGUUUUCCCUUGUUUUAUGUUUAAUUAGGUUUCAUAAUUUAAUUUGAUUAUUUUACUGUUGUAUCAUUUUUUCAUUCGGAUUAUGAUUCAUUUAAUAAUAAUACAAUUCUUCUGCA